AUGAAUCCACUAUCAACUACGUCAACAGUUCUCUUUCCUACCGAAACUAUCGGAAAGGAUGUGGAAUACUUUCUUACUAAUGCAUUGCAUUAUAUUAUUCAAGUCCUUCAAAUUAUGAUUCCAAUGAUCAUCUCCUUUAGUAGAAAUUACCCUACAUUGUUUCUAGUCUGUACCGGUAUUAUAUUUGUUUAUGUUAUAUUUAGUAUCAUCUGCCGUAUCUUCACAAUUCUGAAACGCCUGUUAUUUGUAGCUUUAAUAUUAAUGGGAUUUUUUAUUUAUGCUCGUGGUUCAGAUCAAUUCAUUAACUAUGAUCUUCCUUAUUUGAAAAAAUUAAUAUUUCAAGAUGAAAAUGUAUAUGAUGUGUUAAUCAAAUGGUUGUAUUAUUUGAAGAAUACAACAUAUGAUCAUUCAACCGCGUUCUAUAAAUUUGUAACAACAACCAUUAGGGCAGUCAAUAAUCACCCAGUGAACCAGUAA